UUUCUGACGGCAAAGCUACUUCCUCGACAGACUCAGAUUCAGAAAAUCGUGUUUCUGAAAAUGAAGAAGAUCAGAAUAUUCAACUUUUGGAUUUAGUGAGGCAAAUUGGAAUUAACAAUCCAAUUACGUGCAUACCUGUCGGAAAUGAUCCAAACAUUAUGAUUGCUGGGGACAUUCUCGGGGAGGUGCCGCCUACUACCUGCACUAUUGAUGACGUGAGAUCCGAAGUAUUUUCUACAAGAUUUCAGCAUGUCGUUACAGAAAGGGACUUGGAAGAUGUGGUGGAGAUUUUAAACAAUAGACGUAUAUAUGAAAUGAAUGUAUAUCUAAAUGAAGAGCACUUGGAACACUACCAGUAUACUGAACGUGAUGAAAGACUACCUCCACCAGGGACGAGGGUACGAAGAGGUCCACGUUGGACCUAUAACAAUCAGAACUCCGAUGGAUUAGGCACUAUAAUAGGACACUGGGAUCGAGAUGGAUGGAUGUACGUUGAAUGGGACAAUACUAUGAGAUUUCCAUAUGAAUAUAAUCCCAAUGAUCAGAAGCAGAGCGCCGUCAUUGUUUGUGAUGAACCUCGAAUACUAAGGAGAGAAGACAUUGCUGUUGGUUGUGUUGUUAAAAGAGGUCCAGAUUGGAAAUGGGGAAACCAGGAUGGUGGUAUAGGUAAUAUUGGAGCUGUUUAUAGGGUGAAAGAUGACGUGGUCUAUGUUCGCUGGCCAAAUGGAAACAAAAGCAAUUACAGAUUCGGUCAUAAUGGAAAAUUUGAUAUUGAAGUCUGUGAUCCUUUUGACGUAAGCAGAGUCGUCUCAUCUCAUAAGUGCGAAAAUGUUUUGAAACAUACCAGUGAGGAAGAUUUUGGUGUCAAAAAUAAAACACAAGCAAGAACAGAAAAACAACUCGAGUCAUUUGUUAAAAGAGAAAUUACAGUGGAUGGUAAACAGAGAGUCCAUUCCGAAUCCGUAGAUGAUCUAGAUUGUGACAAAGAUAAAAGUGAUUUUUCCUGGGAAUGGAAAACCGAAAAUGGUCAAUGGAAACGUUUUUCAAAGACGGAAAAUGAGAAAAUUAUUAAAGCAUUCGAAAAGAAUUCAAAAUCGACAAUACUUAUACGAAUGGGCGAACAAAUGUAUAGAGUGAUAUUAUCGAAGAUGACGUUGCUGAAUAUAUCAACAAGAGAGACUUAUGAUGUGAGGUGCCGUGAAAAUGUACAUGAUCUACAAGCUUGACCCUUUUUGUAAAGAAUUCUUCGAUAAUGUAGCGCGGUAUAACAUCAAUGAUUUCAAGUGUUAAUGUCUAUAUUGACAUUUCAUAUUCUUCGUAUUUCCCGUAAACAAUUGAGUGGUGAACAUGGUAAACCAAUGAUAUCAACAGAUUCAAAAGCAUUUUUCUGAUAUCUAAUUAUUCAAAUUAUUCAUGUAUACAUAAAA